GGUUCUUGGUUUGAAGGGUGGACGAGGAAAUGGCGUCGUCGAGCGAUAGCGAGAGCGAGAGGGAGAACGGGGAGGACGAGCUCGCGGCUGUGGAGGUGGCGCUCGCCGCGAAUCCGGACAGCUACGAGGCGCACGAGCAGUAUGUCGCUGCUCUUCGCAAGGCUGGGCAUCUCGACCGGCUCAGGGCCGCGAGGGAGGCCAUGAACGCCUUGUUCCCGAUACCCGGGAGAAUGUGGCGGGAAUGGGCCAGGGACGAAGCAAAUCUCUUGGACGGGAGCGAUAUAUCGCCGGUGGUGGAGUUGUACGAGCGCGGGCUCAGGGAGUACUUGGACGUGCCACUCUGGCUGGAUUACUUGGAGUUUGUAGAGGACAGGGACCCAGGAGUUUCACAGUGCACACCUCAGGGGCUUCAGAAAAUGCGAGAGCUUUACGAGAGAGCCAUCACUGCUUCUGGGAUUCACGCGACGGAGGGUUCGGCGAUUUGGGAGGCUUAUCGCGAGUUUGAACAAGCUGUUUUGCUGACUAUGGCCGAAUAUACCGAUGGUGACAAGGAAAAGGAAAAACAAGCUGGACGCGUGGAGAGCCUGUUUCACAGGCAGUUAGCAGUACCGCUUAGUAAUCACGCUCCUACGCUGAAUGACUACAUAGAGUGGGAACGGGAGCAAGGGAAAACUAUUGGAAGUCUCGAAGACAAGUUUGCUGGGGUUGAUGCCAACGUGUUGGCAGCGUAUAAAAAGGCAGAAUCAGGAUGGCUAGAGUGCAAAGUCUUCGAAAACAGUCUAAGUGGAAAACCUGCAGACGCAGAGCUUCUUCAGAACUAUUUGAUUUAUAUUGACUUCGAGCAGAAAAAAAGUAAAAGCGACCCAGCUAGAGUCCAGGUUCUUUUUGAACGUGCAGUUACAGCUUUCCCAGUGAGUAGUGAUUUGUGGCUGAAAUACACCGGUUACCUGGAUCAGAAGCUAAAGGUUGCAGUGGUCUGCAAAAAUGUCUACGCAAGGGCAGUGCGCAAUUGCCCAUGGGUUGGUGAGCUAUGGAGAAAAUAUUUGUUGACAUUAGAGCGUUUCAAUAGCUCGGAUGAAGAAAUGUCUGAGGUAUUUGAGCAGUCAAUGAAGAGGGGUUUCCAAACGCCCAGUGAGUAUCUCGACGUCUUCUUAACGCGGGUGGAUGGCUUGAGAAGGCAAAUGGCCUCUGUUGAGCGUUUACGUGAAGUAUUUCAGCGUGCCGCCGAUUUACUGGCAAACUACUUUCCGGACUUUGUAGAUCGGUCAUUGCGACUGCAAGGAUACUGGGCACGCAUGGAAGUUCGCUUAGCGAAGGAUAUCAGCGCGGCCCGAAGCAUUUGGGAGCGUUUGGUUAAAUCCAGCGGAUGGAUGACUGAAGUUUGGCAAGGGUACAUCAACAUGGAGCUUGGACUGGAAAAUAUAAAUGAAGUUCGAGCGCUAUAUAGGAAAUGCUACUCUAGAAAGCUCGAAGGGAAUGGCUCGAAGGUAAUCUGCGAGGGAUGGCUGCAAUUUGAACGCGAGUUUGGAACAUUGGAAGACUUUGAGAAAGCUUCCUUAAAGGCUGGACAAAGGCUAGAAGAAAUACAGUCAAUAGAGGCUGUUCAAGAUACGGAGGAGUUUAAAGAGCCAAGGAUGAAGCAUGAACGGGGCAAUCAGGAAAGCUCGGCGCAAGCGGCGAAACGUAAAAGGCCUAAAGAUGUAAAAGAGGAGAAAAAACGACAGAAGGUUGCUCCUAAACGUGAACCUGGCAAGCUGCAUUCUGAAGCCAAGAUGGCUACGAAUGAAGGAGACAGGGAUGCAUCUGAGCGUGAGAAACCAAACGAACAAGGCCAGGCCCCUGCGACAACUGAUGGAAGAGGAGAAGCCGCUACGCAAUUCAAGAAGAAUCGUGUCUUCACAGAUGAGCUGACUGCAUUUGUUUCAAACAUCGACCUGGAGCUGACGGAAAAGGAGCUAAAAGAGUUUUUCGCUCCCUGCGGUGGGCUCAAGGGUGUGAGACUGUUGAGGGACCGGAACACAAGGCGUUCUCGAGGGCUCGCGUACAUAGAUUUCGAAAACGAGGAGAAUCUCGCAGCCGCUAUCAGCAAAAACAGGACCAAGCUGGGUGCCCGCAAAGUCAGCGUAGCGCGUUCCAAGCCAAAGCCAAAGCAAGAAGAUGUUUCAGGUGGUAGUGAAAAGGUAGAGCGGGAUAAGAUCAAACCUCUCGGGUGGCAAGGCUCGGCCCCCAAAAGUGACGAGGCCCUCAAUUCCAACGAGGAAUUCCGGAAGACGCUUCUCAAGUCCAAGGAAAAAGUUGUAACUUGAUUUAGUGUGCUCUCAAACUGAUUGUAAAAACUUGGAACUAGUGCCAGCUAAUGUGACAAUGGAGGAAAAGAGAGUUCUUCGAACAACUUGGACCUUGCUUUGACAUGUCAAAACUCUCGUCCAUUUCCAACAGCUAGUCAAGUCUCAUUAGAAAUCCCACUGUCGAAGGACAUUCCACUAA